AAACAAGAAGCUACUAGGAUGGCUAUUGCUAGAUGGUGGUAUGAUGCUAAUGUGCCUUUCCAUGCUACAUGAUCAAAAUACUAUUUGCCAAUGUGGGAUGCUAUCACAUUUAUGGGACCAGGUUUCAAGGGACCAAGAUACCAUGAUUUGAGGGGUCCUUUCUUAAAAUGUGUAGUUAAGAAGGUUAAUGAAUGGCUUUUAUCCUUGAAGUCAACAUGGAGUAUUAAUGGUUGCUCAAUUAUGGCUGAUGGAUGGACAAAUCAAAGACAGCAACUAAUAAUCAAUUUCCUUGUUGAUUGUCCUAAAGGAAGCAUGUUUUUGAAGUCCAUUGACACUUCUGGUUUGACAAAGGAUGUUGAAACAUUGGAGAGAAUGUUUGAUGAAGCGGUGAGAGAAGUAGGAGUGGAAAAUGUUGUACAAUUUAUAACAAACAAUGAUGCCUCAUUCAAAGCUGCUGGGAAAAGGGGCAAAGAAGCAGUGGAUCCUCUUAAUCUUGAAAAUAUUGACAUAUUAGCUGAUUGGGUGGCUGAGGAACCAACUUUUCUUGAUAAAGAUGAUUAUGAUGUAGAUUGGGUAGCAAUUGAUGAGUCUUUGCCAAAUCAAAUCCUUGAUGAUACUGAUAGUGUUGUUUAUGAUGAGGAAGAUGUCCAAUGGGUUCUUGAAAAUGAAAGUGAACAACUCUGGGUUGGAGUUGAUGGAGUUUCAGGUUAUAGAAUUCCUCCAAAUAAUGAUCCUUAUAAUUAUGUCCAUGAUUGUUAAUUUUGUUGUUUGUUCAUAAUUGUCCCUUGACAGAAACAAUUGAAAAACUCUUGUGAUGAACCCAUUAGGUAUCUGUUCAUCAUUCAAUCUUUUUAGUUUUUAUAAAUUGAAUGCGAUUUG